CAAUGUUGGUGACAACUCAAGGUAAUGACCAACUUUACUACUUUUUUCCAGAAAAAAAGAUGGUUUUAUAUCAAGAAAAAAAAGGUACUGAAAUUGAAAAAAUUAAAGAUAUCGAACAAGUGUCUAUUCAAAAUUUUGAUGGUAAGGAUAAUGUUAUUGCCACACACACGGUUUUGGGAGCUAUUCUGUUGUUAGAGGGAAAUCAAAAAACUCUUUUACAAAUAACUAAUUUUAAACCAAAUAUUGAAGGGAUCGAGAAAACAAAAUUACAAAAUUACAAAGAAAGAGGAGAAUGA